GUAAGCCGGACCAUUUACUGACCCCAACACGUAGAACACGGAACAAGUUGGACUUAACAACAUCUCAUCACCUUACAUCGAUCGCGAAGACGGUCGAACGAAAAUGACACUGACACCCUCACGUUCACUAUCGCACACGUUGCGCCCCCACAUCGUACUGACUUCGCUGGAACUAUCUUUUGCAUGGAAGACAGUCAGAAAAGAUACUGGGGAGUGGGACGGUCAUUUUCUGGCCGUAUGCGAUAGCCCAUUUUCCACCACUAUGUACCUUCCCGCAGAGGCCCUCCUCGGGCGGGUCACGGAACAAUUUCUGGUUCAUCAUCUUGUAGGCCGCUACCCGCUUGUAUUUGGCCCGUGGUGCAAGGCGCUGGAUCUUGAAGCGGAAUACUUUUCACCAAUCAGCCGCUCUGUUAUCGAGAUUUUAGAGCAUUCGCAGAAUGCUGCAUUUCGUUCCAAGUAUCAAUGGCUCAUGAAGGUCGCUCGCCAUACGCUCGACACCACCUUUCAGGCCUCAGUAGCAGCCAUAAAUUCCCAUCUUGCAGAACCGGCGGUAGACGGGGCGGAAGAGGAACAAGACGAUCAUCCAUCCGCUGUACAAUUAUCAGACGAGGACGUCCUGUGUCAAGUUCUUGAGCAGUUAUUUCGCAUCGGCGUUCCUCAACGCCGUCCAAAGCUCGCCACGGACAUUGGGACCUUACUAAAGGGGGACGAUCACAAUCUAAUAGACUCACAAGAUAACGCGACCCUCGAAGGCGCAACUGAUGUGCCGUUAUCGUGGCCUGACGCCGAGAUCGCUGAUGCGACCGCUGCCACGGCUCGUCCCUCCCAACAACAUGGUCAUAUGACAGAACACGCCCCCGAUGGACGGGGAACUAUGGAAGAACAGUUUCCUGAAGGUGAUAAUCAUGCUUUCACGGAACAUAUGUGUGAGGACACGUGUCUGGCACAUGGUUCCGCACCUGACAGUGAUUCCGCAACACCGCUGAGCAACCCUCAUAUCGGUUUGGCCCUCGAUUUACCGAACGAGCGAAAUCACAGUGGCUCUAUUACCACGCCUCACUUUCGACAAACUUUGGGACCUUCCUGUUUCGAUUAUCUUGAUGCUGUGUGUAUGGACCUGGACACCGUUACACGUCAUCACCCAGGGGAAGAGUUUCCUUUCGAAGAAUUGCUGGAGGUUGACUCAAUUCCUCUCACACAUGGUCAACCAGAUGUGAACCUGAUUUUGGAUGACAACUUCUCUUUGGAUGACGUUGAAAUUGGGAACACUCCAAGGCCCUUCGUAGAUGUGCCCCUUUCCAGCGACUUCGACUUCGUGCUCUUUGACCCUGACGAUGUGGCUGAACCUGCUGCAGAGGAUUCAAACACUGACUUGCUGGUCAACGCCAGCCCCACGAACGACGACGAUACUUUUCGGAUCUUGGAGGACGAGUGGUGGGAUGCUAUCGAGACUGCACCGCUGUGUGACGAGGAUGCAGCGGCCAGUUUUGUAGCCGAUCUGUGGGUGCUGUAAUUAAUUACAGUAAUUCGAGUUCCAGUUGAAUUUGCAAAUGCCUAUGCCGAG